AUGAGUGUGGAGAUCAAGGGCAGCACUGGCUACGGUCUGAUGUCGCUGACGUGGCGGCCGCAGCCUGUGCCGUAUGAGCAGGCAUUUGCCACGAUCAAUAACGCCCUUUCGGAUGGAAUUGAGUUCUUCAACGCGGGCGAGUUCUACGGCAAUCUGCCUAACGACAAGCACGCCAAUCUGGAGCUUUUGCGGGCCUAUUUUGCCAAGUACCCUGAAUCGCGUUCCAAGAUGGUUAUCUCCGUUAAGGGGUGCGUUGACCUUCCGAAUCCACCCGACAACUCGCCUGAGAACAUUGCCAAAUCCAUCCGGAAUAUUGCUUCCUAUUUUCCGGACGGUAUGUUUGAUAUUUUUGAGCCGGCAAGACAGGACGGCAAGCAUCCUGUCGAAGAGGUGGUAAGAAGCAUUGUUCCCUUCAUUGAAGAGGGCGUCGUCCGCGGAAUUUCACUAAGCGAAGUGUCUGCCACCACGGUUCGUCGCGCUGCCAAAGUGCACCCGAUUUCGUGCGUGGAGGUAGAAUUUUCACUCUGGUCACGCGACAUUCUGAGCAACGGUGUGAUGGAGGCGUGCAGGGAGUUGGGAAUACCUGUGAUAGCGUACUCGCCGCUCGGCAGGGGCUAUUUGACCGGCCAAAUAAAAUCGGUGGACGACAUUCCCGAAGGCGAUUUCCGGCGGACGUUGGACCGGUUCUCGUCGCAGGAGAUUCUGGAGAACAAUAUGAGCGUGGUGAAACUGGUGGAGGAGCUUGCAGGGCAGAAAAAGUGCACUGUUGCGCAGAUCGCGCUGGCGUGGAUCCGCAAGUACAACGAGUUCCCUGAAAAAUACGCCAGAGUGAUCCCGAUCCCGUCGUCGUCGACGCCGGCGAGAAACCACGAGAACAACACGGAGAUCCUGCUCACAGACGCCGAAUUCGCCGCCCUGAACGAGCAACUCGACAAGAUCGAAAUCAGGGGCGGUAGAUACAAUGCGCAUGCGGUGGACUAUCUCGAAAAAUAA